UUGUCCAACAUGGCGACGGUGGGCACGUUGGAAGAUGCAGCGAGGAAACGAAAAGAACGACUGAGAGCCCUACGAGAGAAAAAGCAGGAAAAUUCUAAAGGCGACGCAUCGGAACAGUCUGACAACAAUGAAAGUGAAAGUCUACCUCGACCCAUGUUUAGAAGCUAUAAACCACAAGAUGACGGACUGAAGGAGCAUGCACUGGACACAAUUAAACCUGGAGAUGUUGAGAAUGAAGUAAAACAUCAGAUCGAAGCUGGAAAAACAAAACAUAUUGUUGAAGAAGUGGACCUCCUGAACUUGGCACCUAGGAAGCCAGACUGGGACUUGAAGCGAGACAUUGCCCCCAAGUUGGAGAAGCUGGAGAAACGGACACAGAGAGCGAUUGCUGAGUUAAUCAGGGAUAGAUUAAAAGCAAGCCAGGAAGAUUUAGCCAGUGUGGUGAAUGCGAGCGAGGCAGUUGCCAGAGCUGAUGCAGAUGAUGAUGAUGACUGAGGCAUGUGUCUGGAUGUCGUAGAACUGAACUGUUCACCCAAACCAGUCUACCGAUGUCAGAAAUGAGAAGGCACAGGUCUGGACGUGGUGAAACUGAACUGUUCACCAAAAUUGUAAAACUGAGGGUCUUCAGGACUUGCAGUGUCUUCAGACGUCUACAGUGAGACCUUAUCAUCUUUAUGAUUGUUCCGGAGAUGGCUACUUGUGUGAGGUGCGGCUGAUGUACUGAGUGGUGUGAGGAUGAGUAUUCACAUUUGAAAAGAGGACACUCUCGGACUUGUGUGACCACGUGAAGACAACUGAGGACAUAUUUCAUCUACUAGUUACGAUAGAGUUCCUUUGAAUACAUAACAGUGAAAUAGGCUUUUGAGAGUGAGGCUCAUACUGCUAAACAUCAAGCAACCUUUGACAAGAGGAGCGGGGCUAAGUUUCCUCAGUGAGUUGUUUUGGGAGUUAUGUUUAAUGGCGAUAACAAGGAGUCUAAUAAUAACACACUACAUUCCAUACGUCCAUGUGCAUGGUGCCGAUGAUCAGCUCAGAGAGUAUUCCAUGUGACAUUUUUGCCAUGUGUUACUUGCUUCCCUCCAGCCUAUUAUAAUGACUUUAUUAUUAUCUUUAAGUGAAAGUUCCAACAUGUAUAGCUGCAACUGAUGUUUGUGUUGAUAUUUUUGGCUCUGGUAAAGUUAAGAUGAUUAUCAUGUCAUAUUGUGAGAAAUAGAUAGGCAGAGAACCUGGUCAAACUUUUCUUAUGUAUAUCUCAAGUGUUUCCACAUGAGUGUUGAACUUUCUGAAUAUCUGCAUAUGUAUGAAUCAUGUGUAAAAAUACAAUUGUCCUGUUACCAUUUGUUAUGUUCCAGUGACAUUGCUUUUGUUAGAAAUCGAUGCUGAACCAAUUGAGCUGAAUCAUCAGUUUUGCUGGACAUAGCAUCCACCAACAUUGUACCUUGUAUUCUAAGAUGCCUAGCGGUUAGAACAAUCGAAAAAAAAUACAUUAUCAGACAAUAAAGGUAUAGUUUUUUGAUGACGUUACAAUUGAAUGACGUUAUCCCGUCACUGCGCCAUUCUAGUGUGCCC